GCAUUGGAUCCACUAGGUGCAUCUGAUCCGGAGCAGUUGAGUCGUCGAGUGCAGGAGUCGCCACCAUGAAGAUCGCCAUCGUGUUGCUGGCCUGUUUGGGCCUUGUGGCCGCGGCCAACUACCACAAGACCCACGAGGUCAAGAUCGCCGACAAGGACUUCCUGCUGAAGCAGAAGUUCCUGUUCGAGAUUGUGUACCGCGUGGAGGAUCCCCUGAUGUUCGAGGAGCACAUCAAGGAGGGCCAGAAGUUCUACUUCGAGGAGUCCUACUACACGCACUACGACCUGUACAUGAAGAAGUUCUUCGAGGCCUACAAGGCUCACGCCCUGCUGCCCAAGGGAGAGUUCUUCGGCGCCCUGGCCAUGUCCCACGCCAAGCAGGCCCGCGGUCUGUUCAACUUCUUCUACUACGCCAAGGACUGGGAGACCUUCAAGGCCAACGUGGCCUGGGCCCGCAUGCACGUCAACGAGGGCAUGUUCGUCUACGCCCUGACCCUGGCUGUGAUCCACCGCAACGACUUCCACGGCCUGGUGCUGCCCUCCAUCUACGAGAUCUUCCCGCAGUUCUUCUUCAACAGCAAGUUCGUCUACGAGGCCGAGAAGUUCGACUACGAGAUGUGGAUGAAGAUGACCAUGUACGAGAAGGAGUACUUGGACGUGUACUACAAGACCCACUCGCACAGCUACGGCUACGGCAACAUGUACCAGUCCAGCGACUACACCUACAUCAAGGACUUCAAGACCUGGCAGUGGUGGAAGCUGAUGGGUCUGGGCGAGCACUGGUACAGCAACGACAAGUUCAUCCUGCGCGAGAACAUCAACGAGUUCUACCAGGAGAGCAAGUGGCUGUCGAUGAUGAAGGACGUGAAGAAGUUCUACAUGCCCGUGGACUACACCCGCGACCUGAACAUCUACAACGAGGAGUCCAAGCUGUCCUACUUCACCGAGGAUCUGGGCUGGAACGCGUACUGGUACUACCUGAACAUGGACUACUCCUUCUUCCUGGACGGCAAGACCUUCGAGCUGCAGAACGACCGUCGCGGAGAAUGGUGGCUGUACAACGUGCACCAGCUGCUCAGCCGUUACUACAUGGAGCGUCUGUCGCACGGAUUCGGCGAGAUCCCCGAGUUCUCCUGGUACCACCAGAUCGAGAUGGGCUACGACCCCCAGAUGAUCUACUACAACGGCAUCGGCUACAGCUUCCGCAAGAACUACUACGAGAUGGAGACCUACGCCAACUUCGACAUGCUGGACAAGAUCACCGGAUUCAUGAAGCGUGUCCACAACAUCGUCGAGAUGGGCUACUACAAGACCGCCGACGGCCACAUGAUCGAUCUGCGCAAGCCCGAGUCCGUCGAGUUCAUCGGCAACAUGAUGCAGGGCAACAUCGACGCCAUGGACAAGAUGUUCUACCAGUUCUGGUACAUGCUGGCCCAUAUGUACUUCGCCGACGCCGACUACCACCAGAUGGACGUCUACCCCAACGUGAUGCUGAACUUCGAGACCAUGAUGCGCGACCCCAUGUACUACAUGUUCUACAAGUCGAUCGCCCAGGUCUACUUCCAGUUCAUGCACUACCUGCCCAAGUACACCAAGGAGCAGCUGCUGAUGCCCGGCGUGACCGUGAAGCACGUGGAGGUCAGCGACCUGACCACCUACUUCGACCUGGUUGACUUCGACGUCACCAACAUGCUCAACGAGAAGAUGGUCUUCCAGGACGGCAAGUUCGUGUGGGACAAGUCCCUGUUCGCCCGCCAGAUGCGUCUGAACCACAAGCCCUUCACCUACACCUACACCAUUGAGUCCGAGAAGGCCGAGAAGGUGGUCGUCCGCGCCUUCCUGGGACCCAAGUUCGACGAGUUCGGCAAGCUGAUCUCGCUGACCGAGAACCGCAUGAACUUCAUGGAGAUCGACGAGUUCUCCUACGAGCUGAAGGCCGGCACCAACACGAUCACCAGGAAGUCCAGCGAGUUCUACUGGACCGCCAAGGACCGCACCACCUACACCGAGCUCUACUACUACACGAUGAUGGCCUACGAGGGCAAGUACGCCUUCCCCCUGGACAUCAGCGAGCCCCACUGCGCCUUCCCCGACCGCCUGGUCCUGCCCAUGGGCUGGAAGAAGGGCAUGCCCAUGCAGAUGUUCUUCAUGGUGGUCCCCUACGUGGCCCCCGCCCACGAGCAGUUCUCCACCUUCGACUACACCUACUCCUGCGGCAUCGGCUCCGGAGCCCGCUACGUGGACAGCAUGCCGUUCGGCUACCCCUUCGACCGCGAGAUCGACGAGUACGAGUUCUUCGUGCCCAACAUGUACUUCAAGGACGUGACCAUCUUCCACGCCGACACCAUGGAGCCCUACUACAAGUUCAAGAGCUACUCCAACUACGGCCACUUCGACUACACCUUCUUCAACGACUACUACACCAAGUACUUCAAGUUCUGAGCGCCGUGUUGUGUGUGCGGCUGCGAUCCGGGAGUUCGAGAUGCGACCGUCGAACGAACCCCACUGUCUGAUCUUUAGUAUGUAAGGUGCGCAAAAAGUCCAAUAAACUUUCGAAAACCAA